AUUGUGGCUAACUUUCUCACACGAUGUGUGUUUAUUAGCUGAGUCUCUGUGUUGGUUAGAAAGUUUACUUCAAAUCUAACUUAAAACCAUCAUCAGAAUCUCCGUGUAGCUAGAUAAGGGUUCUCACUGGACUUGAUAUUCGUCUGUUGCUCUGUUUUUUUGUGGCUGGAAGUGGCUGAACGGACUUUGUGCUGACUCAUUUGCCGCUAGCUUGCGAUGCUACUGAAGUUAGCUUAGCUUAGCUUGUUAGCUGUAAAGAGACUGCUGUUAACAGUUUGGUGCGUUUCUGUGUGAAAAUGACUAAAGUUCAAAUGCUGAGAGCGUUGGUGAAGCAGCGGCUAACUGCAGCUGCUGAAGAGAUAUUUGGACUUUUCGAAAGAACCAUCGUAGAGUACGAAGAGGAACUUUGUCGUUCUAAAGAGGAGAACCACCGACAGCGCCAGCUACUGGACGCCGUGUUAAACCCUGAAGUUCGCAUAAGGGCAACAGAUGUGAAACAGUUGUUUGGGAGCAAAGAAGAGAUUGUCUCUGAUGAGCAGGAGUGUAACUCCAGUCUGGACCAGGAGGAAGACUCAGAACUGGGAUGUAUUAAAGAAGAACAGGAGGAACUCUGGACCAGUCAGGAAGGAGAGCCACUGGAGGACUCUGAUGUCAGUCCCAUCCCUGUGAAAAGUGAAGACGACAACGAGGAACUUCUGUCCUCUCAGCUUCACCGAAGCCGAACACAGGAGUGCACGGACACUGAGCCUCCGGCGAGCACCUCUUAUGACGCCAUGCUAACAGAAACUCACAGAAAGGACUGUAGAGAACUAGAAGCAGCCAGCGAGUCCAAUCCAAACUAUAGUUUCCAACAAGAAGCUCAUGACGAGACUUCAGCAGGUAUUUCAGAACCAGACACCAAGGACAGUGAUGUUUGGGCGGACCCCAACAACCCACAGGCGUUUUUAAAGACUUUGAAAAAUAAUGAAUUCUCUGUGAUUGAUUUUGUGAAACCAUUUAGCUGCUUUCAGUGCGGUAAAAAAUUCAGCUACAAGCACACGUUGAAGGACCACAUGAGAACCCACACGGGAGAGAAACGGUACAUUUGCUCCGAGUGCAACAAAACUUUUGUCACAAAGGGUUCCCUGAACAGACACAUGGCCAUUCACAAAGAUGAGAAACCCUUUGUCUGCUCCAUUUGUUCCAAAAGAUUCAAUCAGAGGUCACAUCUCAUUUGCCACAUGAGGUGCCACACGGGUGAGAAACCAUUCAGCUGUUCCAUCUGUAAGAAGCUGUUCACUUGCAGUAGAAAUUUACGUAUCCAUGUGAGAAUCCACACGGGGGAGAAACCUUUUAGCUGCUCUAUUUGUGUUCGACGUUUUACGCAAAAAUCUAACUUGAAAAAGCACAUGGCGGUCCACGCUGUGGAGAAACGGUUCACAUGCGACUCUUGUGGGAAAGGAUUUAAAAGGAAAUUAUAUUUCAAAAAGCAUAAGUGUUGUGAGGCGGCACAAAAUGAUGUGGCACCUGAAGGACUUUGAUUUCUUUCUUUUUUAAAUGUCAGUCUGUGAGAUAGUGUUGUUGUGGAAUUGGCUAUAUGUUUGUGGCCAUUAUCAUGACGCAGGAAGAUGUUUGGCACAAAUUGGACGCCUCUCUCACGCUACGGUGUGAUUGAUUAUAUCUGAUCGUAUUUUCAGCACUGAGUAAAUCAUUAAUUCUACUCAAUCCAGUUUCAUUGCCAGCAACACAGCCCCAAACACCAGAUUCUGCACCACCUCAUCUGCUCUCUAGGUCUUCAGCAAAUGUACUGUUUUCUGUUCCAGCAAGUAUUUCAGUCUUUGGCUCAUCAGUCCAGCAGUUCUUGGUGAGUCAUUGGACUUAUCACAUCAUUGAAAUAGGGUUGUUUUUUGUUUUUGUUUUUCUUUGUUUUUUUGGCUGCAAGUCUUCCUUGAGGAACACUUCUGAACAGGAUUCUCUCCAAACCAGCAGCAGGCUCUCUGGUCGGACUGUGAAGUCAGGAUGAUGUUGUUUUUCUGAAGCUCUGACUUCAGCAUCACCCAUUUCUUUGUGCUUCUGCAGGAGAACUUGGACAGCACACUCUGAUACACCUGUGAGAGACGUUACGGGUGCCUUCUGUCCAACAUGUCUCAGUGCUGUGUUCUGUCUCACUCUGAUGUCAGGUUGUUUGUUUUUUAUGUUUCAUGAUUGAAUAGGUAAAGUAUUGACUGGAAUAAUGAGGAGGUUCAAAUUUGAUGAAAUAGAGCGAGAUUUCAAAGAACCUUACUUUGUCGACCUUAAAGACCUGAACUCUGUUAAACAAUCAAAAUAAAAGCAAUAAUCUCGUGUAUCAUAUUGGUUAAUUAAAAGCUCAAUAUUAUCAAUUCUGGUGGUAAUACAUACUGCUGAAUAUGAGAAAUGGGCAAAAAAUUGCAGAAUAUUGACCUUGUCAAUAACCUUGACCUCUGAUCAUAAAACUAGUUGCAUAAAUGAACUCCCUGUAUCGGAAAACAUAUGAAACGAUGCCUUAUUUACUGAAAUAGGCAAAAUAUUGACUAAUAUAAGGAAUUUCAAAUUUCCCGCUCACCAGGAUUUGGCCCUAAAAGCAUCCACCUAUAAAAUUCAAAAAGUGUUGAUUAUAGAAAUGUAAGGAAAUGUUCCACCGAACGGACAAUGGUUUACAGGGGUUCAGGGCAUCCCUGAUGAUGCCUCAUGCUCAGUUUUUCUAACCACGUGCUUAGAUUUUUACUGUAUAUAUUAAUGUAAUGGAUUCUCUAGGUGUUUUUACAUCAAAUUUUGGAUUGACAAAAAAUUUGAUCUGAUGAAAAAAAACAAACUUUACCAUGCCUGAUCACUCUGUUUGAAGGGUAUUUGGUGAAAAUUUAAUCAAAAUCUGAGUCGGGCCAUCCAGCCCCCCCCCCCCCACCCCCCCGGCUGAUUUUCUCAGUUCAUGAAUAAGUAUGACCGAGCACUACAGCAAGUUGGAGAAACCUCAUGGAAGAAUCUAGUUUAAAAAAAACCCCAAAAAGAUUAAAAAAAAGAAAGAAAAAGAAAUCGAUGCAAAAAUGAAAUUGCCGACUUCUCUGCUUAAUACUGUGGAAUCUGGAGAGAAGAUGUGAAGGACUUUAUUCUUAAUAUUAUUAUGUUGGCUGUAGUAACAUUUGCUGCAGGUAAAGACUGUAGGUACUGAGGACUGGUGUAAAUGAAGUUGUAAAUGUUCAGAUAUUCAUAUCUUGACUUCUCUUUAAAUAAAAACUGGCUGUAAAAUUAAUUAUGUAGUUGUGACACUAAAGCAUGCUCAUAUUUAUGCAUGUCAUUAUUUAAUUUGGAAGAUUGUAGAGAUUUGUUUUAACUGUGAAUUUAAAGGGCAUAAUUUUAUAAAUUGUAAUAUAGUGAAGAUGGGGUUUUUUUAAUCAAGUGUGAUGUGAUUACAAAUAAAUAAAUAAAUAAUGUGAAAGCCCAAAGAGAUGUGCUUUCUUUUAUACCACUUUUAUGUGGUUCUGCAUUCAGUCUUGUAAAACUUAAAUAAAGCGAAGAAAAAAGAAAUGGGCAAGAACUGGAACAAGAGAAUGAAAACUGGAACUGGUGGCUGCAGUUCAAAGAACUUCCAGGUUACCUGCUGCUCGUACUCCUGACCGACAGGGGGCGGUCAAACAGCUGGUUUGCCAACGGCUGGUUUGUUGAAGGAAGAAGCAGCGCGGGGGUAAACUUAAGUUUGUCUCAGAAAAGAUUAUU